UGAAAAAUAGAGAGAAAGAACAACAGGAUAUUGUCCAAUCCUGGUCUGUGUGCCAACAGUGACAAAAUGUUGUUUUCUCCUCGGUUUGGGGAUUCUUGUUGGCUUUUAUUAGUCCUUGGUGAGCCUGAAUGCAUUAAGAUGUUUUUAAAAUUCAUCCAGUUAGUGUGGAAACCUUGAGUCUCUGGGAGGAAGGUGGUGUCCCGUGCUCUGGCGCAAACAUCCCUGUCCUGGAGGAUGAUACUCUGACUCCUGCAGAGGAAAAGAAGAGUUCUGCUGUAAAAGACAACAGGAAGGCGUCCGACACUGCUGUGUGCCAGGAGGACACCUGCAGAGCUGCCGCAGGGGUGGAAGUGAGCCACAGGCUGUAUGGAUAGUGCUGAGAAAACUGCACAGCUCCACAAAUCUGACGCCAAACUGGGGCGCUAUUUUUGGGUUCCGUUCUGCUUUUCUGACACCUGUAGGUAAGCGUGAAGCGCACAGCAGACUUCUGCAGCGCCUUACAGAGCGAAGGAACCGUCACAGGGUAUGGGAUCACAGUGAAGCAUUCUUGCUUAGCAGUCAGGAUUAAUUAUAACCCGGGAAUAUGAACUGUAAAUGCACUGGAGUUGCCAAGACAGGAGCUGGCUGCAUGCCAGUGCUUGAAUGAGGAGGUACCGUCCUGCGAGGACGCACUGGGAGCAGCAGGUGUACCUGUUGGAUGCUUUCUGUGAUCUUUACAAGUGAAUCUACACAAGCAAUUCCUUCCUAAACUCACUUUAGAAACUGCAUUUUGGUCCUUGUACUGCUUUAACUCCUAGAGAAAUAAUUACACUUAACAAGACCUCAUUACCUACUGAAAAACAUAAUGACUGAAUUCCUGGUUUGUUUUAAUUGGUGCAAUGGUGAACAGCCCCAGCCGAAGAGGCGUCGGAGACUGGACCGGAAUAUGAUAGGAGAACCAAUGAACUUUGUACACACUGCACAUGUUGGGGCAAGAGAGAUGAGUAGUGACUAUUCAUCGGCUGUAUCGAUUCAGGAACACAUGAAGUCUAAAGGUGGCUACACAAACGGCACGUCUGCGACUGUUGAGAUCUAGGAAACUGAGAGAAGGCUCAAGUCUGCUCUGUCUUAUGAGGACCUUCUGGACUGUGCUUUCAUAUUCUCUAAAACCUCGUUAUCAUGGAGCAGAGAGAGUACCUGAAUUAUAAAUAGGUCAGUCCAAGCUUUGGUGUUCUUAGCACAAUAGCUUCUGAAGGAGUUAUUGUAAGUUAUCCUUAAAAUGGUCUGUUGUGGUAGUGUUGUAGCAGCAACUGUAAUUUGUCACUGUGGAUGACUUCCUAGCUGCAUCCCAAAAACCUCACACAGGUGUCUUGUAGGAUGGGAUUGCAAGUCAGUAUUAACUGUGUGGAGUUUUGGCCUCUGUCUUUUUCUCUCCUCAGGAAAUGCAGAAGUUGAUUUAUUGGAAGAUAUCACAUGUUUGCACUUCUUACGUGGGCUAAGCUGAAUUGCUAAGUAGGAUCUUAUAGACUGUAAUAUAACUUUGUACCUGGUUUUGGUUUUGUUUUUUUAGAUGGCUCACAACCUAAUGCAUAAAUCUACUAAGCCAUACUUUGGUGUGUUUUUUAAAUGUCUCUUCAUGGUGAACAAACUCUUAACAUAAUACUGUUAGCUGAGUCUGCAAAACCCAGUGAAACUUCUGCUUUGCUGUGAUAACGCUUUUGUAGCUAAAAAUGGAGUUUUUUCAAACAUACCCCCUCUCAAAUGAGGCUUAAAAAACCAGACAUUUCUCUCAGUUACUGGGCUGCCUCCCUUCCAUACAUGCACUGGUCUGACUGACAGGUAUUACUACAGCAGAGCUAAUAAAACAUACCAGUUAACUUCAAGUGGUGCUACAAUAUGCUCACAACUGUGUAUUAAUUUUGCAUGACUACUAUUGAAUUUUAAAUUUAAGAUCACUCUGUUACCUAUAUGUAACUGCAACUACACAGGACUUCAAGGGAUAUCUCGCUUGUCUUUCUGGCCUCUUAAUUUUGAGACUGGUUUGAAGUUGGUUUUUGGUUUGGUGUGGGUUUUUUUUAUUGGAUGAACUGAAGCUUUUUUUUGUGUAUGGUUUAAGUGAUACAGCCAUGUGAAGAACAGAAACUUAAAGGAUAUUGUGAAAACUUGCAGGAGAAUAUUAAAUGGCAACAGUGUCUUGCAGAGUUGAGCACUUCAUAAAUAUUUAAAUAAGUAGAUAUAAAUAUUUACCCAUACCCAAAAUGCGGUUGUUUUACCUAGUUCUUAUUAACCUUUCUAUUAAGUGAUAUGACAAAACAGCUGAAGUAGAGCUAGGUUUUUCUUUUACCCGAUCACUGGCAACUGUUCGCCAGCUCAAAAUUCUGAAUGGCUACCAGUGCAGAAACUUAGGAAAUCUGCUUGCUGUCACGGGAUUAACUAAACACAGGCAUUUAAAUUACUGCUAUAUCAGCACUAGUUAUGCUGGAAGUCUGUGGGACGCUCUCCUUCUUGCUCUAGGCAUAAGAUCAGUUAUGAACUUUUUUUCCAUUUAAAAAAAAAAAAUUAUCUGGUAAAUCUCUUAUCUUGUAUGAUUCUGUUUGUGGCUUGUGAUACUUCUCAAAUCUAGACUGCUGAAUUGUUAGCCUGAUUUUUAUGAGUAUGCUAGGGAACUUAAAAGAUGAAAGGUAGCUCUGUGUUUCUGUAUGCAUUCAAAAUUAAACCUCUCCCCACCAUAUUUCAUCUGUAAGGGACAAAGAGGAAGAGAGAACGUUACUUUCUGUAACAGUCAACAGCUCAUGGUAACAUUCUGCAACCACAUAAGAGAAACCUAAUAUCCAUGUCUUGCUAGAUCUUUACUCUUGAAUUAGAAUGCAUGCUGAAUUUUAAUAUAUUUUAGAAUUAGCAUGAGUUAGCUGUACAUUUAGCUUUAAGUCUUUCAUAUUUGUCUUCUAACUUCAGACUUAUUCCAACAGACUAUUUAAGUACAGAGUUCAAAGAAGCUAAAUCCUGCAUACUGUUGAGGAAGCAUAAAAUGGCCAAGUUGUUUUAAAGAAUAGAUUCUAAUUCAUCUGCUAUUAAAUUGAGUUCAUACAUUUAUUGCUCCAUACCUGCCCAGAAAAAGUAGCGGUAGGCAUCUGUCAUGAAGGAAAUGGGUUGAAUUUUGUUAACACUGUAAGAAGACAAAUUGAACACAAAUUAGUAUUUCCUGAAGACCCGUUUGGUAUGUUUAAGACUAGCGGUGUACACAGAAAUAGAAAUAAAGGAGUCAGUGAUCAUGUCAAUUCUUCUCUCUAAAAAUAAUUCAACAGAGAAUUUUGUUAUUAAACCCUUAUUUAUAAAAAAAUCCUAGUUUUUAUUACAUAAACCAAGUAGCACUAUCUGGUGUAAAACCAACCUAUUUUCAUCAGACUACAUAGGAUCACAUUAAAGUGUCACAUCAUUAAAAGGAAAUGUUUUGCUAUUUGUAUUUUAAAAAACAUUAUCUUUAAAAUCUAAACAAACAAAAAAGCAUGCUUAGGUAGCUUUUUGUUGUCUAUUUAGAAGCCUUAUCUAGCUGUAAUCUGUCAUGUAACUGGGUAUAAACCUAUCCUGGUUAUAAUAAAUCUGUUGAACUAGGCACUUGUGCUCUUUUCAUAUUGUGGAAAAUCUUGGUAUUUUCUCUGCGCUGAAAACCUGUUGGUCAAACGGGUGGAUCAGCAUGGCUUGAACUUUUAUUGCACAAAAUCAGAUUUCUCCACUAGGGAGCACAAUUUUACAUCAAGUCUUUGCUGUCUGCAAGCUGUUACUCUAUUGCAGGGUUGGCUUGUUUAUUUUGUGUGUUUUGAGCUUGACUGGAAUAAAAUACAGCAAAUAAGACCAAAGGAUCCAAAUUUUUAAUCUGUGUUGUAGGCUGUGAAGAUCUUGCACUGACACAAUGUGGCAAUGAAACAUUAGUGCUCUGACUUGAUGGCAUUUUAUGAUUUCUUUUUGUAGUCAGAAGUAAAAUAACUUGCAAGCGGAGCAGAAUCAAGUCGUCUAUGUGUUGUCUGGUAGAGUCUCAGCACUGUAUCUGUUUGCUUCCUUAAAAAAAAAAAAUAAAAAAAGUAGGGUUGGGGAAGUAACUAUUAUUUUAAAUACUGUCUGUCUUAUUCCUUGAUGUCCCUGCUAGGCUUUACUGACUAUCCCAUAAUGCUGCAUAAAGCUGCAGUCAGUAUAUAGAAAAGGUAUUUGGCUUUUUCACAACCUAGUAUAUCUCUUUACCUCCUGUAGAGAAGCUUUAUAACACCUAUGUGGUGGCAUGCUAUGUUCCAAGCUAGCCUGUAAUAUGGUAACUUGCAACUCAGGCACGUAGUGCUAUCCGUUUUUAUGGUCUUGCCAUAUUGGACCAUCAGGUGCUUCUGUAGCUUCCACUCCAUAGAGACAAAAAAUGUUUGAGAGAUUAACAAAUACCUUUAAUCUUACUGUGCCAGCAAGAAUAAGCACAAUUUGACAAUGCUAAAUUCUGUGGAGGUAUGUUUAUUAAAUUCAUUAUAUGUUACUAAAUACAGUAACACCAGUGGGGAAAAAAGUCAAAUCUGUCAGUGAAAGAUGAUCUGGUGGCUGUUCUUGAUUGUGUUUGAAUAUACUUUGCUAUCAGCACUGUGACACUGACAUAAAAACCCAACAGCUGAAGAUAAGAACAGUCGUGUCUGCCUUUUGUAAUCUCUGUGGAGAUAGAUGAGAUGAACUACAGGAAGAAAACAGUGCUGUGUUACAGUGGUGUCAAAAGGGUCUCUGGUGAGUGAGUUCCUGUAAGGCUUCCCGAUACUUUGUGGUUCUGCACACUUGGUUAGUCAAGAGCCUCAAGCACUUGUUUAAAGCACUGUACUAUGAAAUCAUUCAGAUAAAGUUAGGCAGUCAGGGAAUGGGAGGUAGAAGCUAGAUAUUCCUUCCUAGCGUUUGUAUCUUCUCCAGAGAACAAACUCUUCAGUGGGACUGAUUAGAAGGAAUACUUGCAGUACUCUGCUUUACUAGGUUAUGCUUCUAGUUUAUGCCUCCUGAAGGUAGACUUGCAAUUAAAAAAAUCUGUAAGACAAGUGAAUCACACGCUAAGGGUUAAUGUCAAAGGUGUGGAGUCCUGAAACAAGAAAAUUCUGGUUCAUUAGAUUGCAGAUUGGUUUCAGGGCAGAAAACAGACUAACUGUAAAUAUAAAUUUAAAAAAAAAACAACAAACAACCAAGGCUGCUUAGAAUAAAUCUUUCUUAUUUACUUAUUUUUUUUUAAAAGUGGAGACUUGCAUUUUUAACUCCUUGCAAUUGUAGUGCUGCUCUUACUAUGUACCUUUCUGUUGUAAUACAAGGGCUGGAUCAACAGAGUUUAGACCCAAAGCAACAGUUAAUGCUUGAAAUUCAAAACUUCAGCUGCUUACCUCUACAGCUGAAGUCCCUGUGCGCUGAAGGAAAUGCUCUAAGUGGUUGGGCUUGGGCUUCUGCAGACAAACUGCCCUUUCUUCAUACACAGUAAUUAGUCUGGCACACAAGGCCCAAGUUAGUUACAUCAGUAGUUUUCCUGUUGAUAUUCAUGUGGUUAUAGUGUAUAUGUAAAAGGUUUCCUAGUCCUGUAUAGAAUAGGUCCUCUCUAGGAACAACUGUUGGACAGUUGUUCCCUCAAAAGAGCCUUAAGCUGCGGAGUUACUUAAAUUUAUCACCACAUGCAGCUCUGAGCCAGUUUUGUACUUAGCUGUGUGAAAACAUAAAGUCUCCUUGUUAUUGCUUAAUUCUUCGUGCUCCAGGGAAGGUGGUCAGAGAGGCUAAUGGGCUGAUUGGGAAUUUCAGAAAAAUGAGAUGUACAAGUGAGGCAAGUGUAGAAGUCACAGAGGGGCAAUGUGGUAGAUGUUUAUGAGGAACGAGCAGGGAACAGAACAUGUGCCUGUCAAUGUUUGUUAUCUGCAAUGCACAGGACAGCUUUGCUGAUACCAAUUGUAAAAUACUCGUAAUGUGUGCAUAAUUGGUAUAUGGAGGAAAUUGGGCACUUAAAUGCAUGACUAAGCUGGGACUUUGAGACACAGAUUGCCAGCGUAACUUUAAUGGAUGGUAGUAUCCUCUUCCUGCAGUGGUUCACAAAGCUGUUUUUAGAAAGUAUGGAGCCGCCCAGAAAGCUAGCUUCGGUUUCAGCAGUUGCGGAGUGAUGGCAGGUAUAUGUUUGGAAGACAAGAUGGUGCCUUUCUUUUUUGCUGAUGAGUGUGAGGUUGCAGAUGCUCUAAAUGCUGAGGCCUGCUGCACCCAAUGCUACCUCCGUGGAACAAAAACCAAAUAAAACUUAGAGUUAAUACAAAAUAGCUGUAGUAAAAAGGUAUUUGCCUUCACCAUGUUGCUAAAACUUCAGGGAAAUGAACUAGAUCCGUCUGAUAUUGAGCUUCCAGGUGUUGGGAGAGUAUGGAUGGGUUGGAGCUGAAAGGUCAUGAAGACUUCCUUGUGCCUGAGGAGGUUUGGGUGAUGUUCUCCUGGACUCUCUGCAGGCUGAGGAGAUCACCAUGGCUACACCAGAUUUCCAUUAAGACCUUUGCUCCCAAUGAUACGUAGAGGAAGGAAACAUGAAAGAAAAUAAUGAAAGCACUUUGAGUAGGCAGGGACGUUACUCGUAUGUGUUCUUGUGCCAAAAAAGCUCCCAACUUGACGUGCUUGGCACCGAACUAGGACUGCUGUCUUCACCUGGCAACUUCUAGAUGAGCAAAAUCAUGUUAUAACAAAAAACUGUGCCCUCUGAGGGAGAGCGGGGUGUCAAGGGCACCCAUGGCAUGGUAUGCUUCCGACUCUGCCUUGCCUAAACCCGGCACUAACUGGCUUUUCUCCAGCAUUGCAGUAUGGCUGCUGAACACCUUGUUGUUGUCCCUUGUUCCAUACAUCCUGUUUCUGCGCAUCCCAUCAGCGUGACCAAAAUCCUAAAAUGUUACCCAAAAAUGUACUUCAAAAGGGAACCUAGUUUUAAUCCCAUUUAGAAGACAGUAGUAACAGAUGGACAAGAAGAACAACUUUGAGGUGUCUGUUGAGACCUCUACUCUAAAUUACUCAUGAAGUCAAGGCCACACAGCUGUAUUGAAACUCCUUUACUCAGUGAACCUUUUUAAUUAUAUUUUUGUAUUAUUAAAACAAUGUAAAUGGGAAGAAUACUCUCUUUAUAACAGAUUUUAACUUUCCUCUGAUAUUUGCAUAUACAUCCAAAGGGAACAAAAUCAAGGUUAGUAUUAUUAAGGGCCCACCCUAAUUCAGGGGCAAAAAAAAAAAAAGGUUGAAUUAUGUCUUUUACUAUUUUAAUAUGUAUGUCUUAAUAUAUAUGUAUAUAUUUAGACCUUCAUCUUAAGUAAUGUGGAAGGAAAUAAUCCAUUCUUUUAAACUGAAAUUAGUAUGAUUGCUCUGGCUUACUGGAAGUUAAAAAAAUUGACUUAAAAUCUACAUUUAAACUACUGAGAGAGAAUUUGGUGUGCUUUUAAAGCUGACAUUAGCUUGUACAAGUGGAUGACUAACUAAUUUCAGAUUCUUCAUCAAAGAGCUAGAAAAAGUGUUUGGAUUUUUUUUUUAAUAGUGUAUUUACAUGCAUAUGAUCUUGCUGGUGCUUAAGACAGACACGUACAUUUUACAUAACUUACCUGAGCUGAGUCUAAAGGUGAAUGAAGACUAUACUGAUAAUCAGUAAUUAAUCUCUUCACAGUGAGCUGUCUACAAUUAAGGAUUCGUAGAGCAGGCAAAACAAUGGCAGUUGUUCUAGACAGAAGUCUAUUUGUAAAAAAUUGAUCUACUAUAUGUAUGUAAGUUUGAAAGUCCAGUCUCAACAUGUACUGAAGCUGCAUAUUAAUGGUGAAAGUAAUAUGCUUUUAAAUGCAGUUACCCAUGUUUACCCUCGCAGUCUCUACCAUCAGGAAAUAUUAAAACCUGACUCAAUACCUUUGAGGGUGUGAUACAAGCUCGAAAAUAGAAUUCGAAAGUAAGGCUUACAGUCCAUCAUUAAUGCAUGCUAAUGUGACUUUCCUGCAUAAUGGCAUAUGAGGAAGGCUUUCACUAGUUUCUUUCAACUACUUUAAACAUCCCCUUUGAAAAUGCAUUUGAAUUGGCUGUUCUCUCCACUGCAUAAUGUCCAGUGAACUAGGGUAUCUCUUGCUAGCAAGGACUGGUAUUUACUGGUGUUCAGAUAAGGCUGUUAGUACAUGCAGAAAAGUUGCUAGACGUGUGUUUGUAUUAAUAAAUAAUUCUUAAAUACCAGUCUUUCUGUUUUGGAUCACUUUCUUGCCAGGAGAUAGAGAUCCCAUCAGGCUGUUGCAUGUGUCCUCAUGUUUGCCGUGUGUGUGUGUGUGUCUCACAGAGAUGGCAGGUUUUGGUAAUGAUGUUCCCCAUGUCACUUUGAUCAAGAGGUUUCACAGUGUUAUCUUGCUGUCUUGUUCCAGGCUCCAGCCAAAAAGCUGUGAAAAUAUGAAGCACUGAAAGAGACUGUUUAUAGGGUGGGAUAAAAUUUUCUUUGGUUAAGCCACUUCCUUCUCCUUGUCACCUGCUCUAUUCUGCCCUAAUUACUCUACCACCCACUGAAUUUCUUAGAAAUACAUUUACAUUCAGUAUCUGGGUCAAUGUUCUCUCUUAGUUCUUAGAAAUUAAUACAACAUAUUAACAAUUCCUUCAUCCCUUUGAAGCUUGUUUAUUGAUUAAUGAACCCCAAAUCCUCUCCUUAUGAUUUUUUUUUUGUAUGACAUAACUGUUUUGCAAUCGCAGUCCUUUUAAAAUUAUGCAGUGUGUUCUCUUAAAUAUCUAAUGCAGAUAGCCACCUGUAUAAAUCUGCCUACCUAACAAGGCAACUAUUUUCUGAUUGUGGUGUUUUAUGCAAAAUUAACAGAAUUAGACAGUAAUUCAAAGUUAAGCUAAUAAAAUAGCAAAUUUAAUUAGAUAUACAGGGAAAGGAACAGAAAAAGGAGAUUGGUUGGAAUAAAUUUACUCAAAAGCCGAGAGGCUGAUAAAUAUGAAAAAAACAUAAAGUAGCACUUAAUGCAAUGGGAGAAUCAGGAGAAUGGCAUUUGAAGGGAAAAUGUUCUGGAUGUCUUUCCUUGUGAGUCAAAUAAUUUGUGUUUAAAAGUGUGCGUGUAUAGUGGAAAACAGGCAGGGGGAUGGAAGCGAUAAUUUCGUGAUCCCUUUAAACAGGAUUUCAAUAUAUGCAUGUAUACUAUUAUUCAAGCAGUUUCUUUUUUGUUAUUUAGUUUCAGUUUUCACUUUCUAACUAAUGUGCUCAAAGCCUACAUUAAACAUCUCUGUUCCUUAACGCUUUGAAAUGCUUCAGGAAUGCCUGAGCUGAGUGACAGGUUUUAUUUCAUGUUGAUGUGGUUGGGAAAGGGAUUUUUCCGAGUGUUGUUUCUCUUCUUUUCUCUGAUGGAAAUAAUUAUGGUGGUAUAGAAAGGAUGCAAUUCUUGGUGUGGAUUUUCUGUAUUUUACACGGAUUAUGAGUAGAAGCUGUAUUGUUCAUUCCAAAUAAAGAAUUUCAGGUUUAAAACUGGAGGAAAAAUUAAAAGAAAAGAAAAAAAAACCUUUUAGGCUUUUAAGUCAUUCUUCAGGCUCUGAAGGUCUUUAUAACCUAGUUUCUUCUGCCUGGGAUUGGAAAUAACAUAUAUGAAUAAAAUCUAGUCAUUCUCAUAGUGCUGAAAUCUGAGACUAGAUCAUCUGGUUUUAGUUUUGGUUACAUAUUGAAGCUAACGGUAAAAAUUAUGGACUACUUAAGUUGCCAAUAAAGAUUACCUAAGAAGGUUU